GUUUAUCUAGUUUGGUUAAAUGCAAAUGAAUUGAUUAAGUUGUUUUAAUUCAUCUUUUUGGGUUAAAUGCAAAUUAAUUGAUUAUUAUUAUUUUUUCUUAAGUCAGGUUAAUUUUUCUCGGUGAAGAGGUAAAAAUAGGAAGAAAAAAGAAGAAGAGGUAAAACAGAAAAAGGAGAAAAAAGAAAGAAAGAAAAAAAAACAGCUCAACCAAGCAGCUAAAAAGAUGAAACAAAAAACCCGUACGGGGUUUGGUUUUGCCUUAUGAAAAGUCUCUUGCCUGUAGUUACUCCAACUCAAACGAUCAUCGACGCAUAAAGUGUGAGUUUGUGAGUGGUUUGAAAAUUGAGUGUGUGCAGAAGAGUGAAGACGAUGAGCGAAGAGCGAUUAGAAGAAGACUGGGACACAGAUUUCUUGGAGCAAUUGAUCCAAGUAGAAGAGCAAGCCCUCUCUUCUCAGCACCCCAAACCUCCCAAACCUCCUCCUCAACCCCCCCAUUUGCUGCCGUCUUCUUCUCACUCCAAUCCCAUUAGGGCCAUUACCUACUCCCCUCCGCGAGAGCUCACUCAGAGGUCCUCUUCCAAUGGCAUUUCCCAUUCUGCUCCUCCUCCUCCUCCUCCUUCUUCUUCCAGUAGCUGCCCUGAGCUUGAGAAAGAACUCGAAAUUGCCCGCUUGAAGAGGGAGCUAGGACAUGUCUCGGAGAAGCUUUUGCAUUUGGAAAAAGAGUCCUCUGAACUAAGGAAGGAAAAUGACAAAAAAGAUAAACAGCUUAGACUUGUAACUUCAAUGAAUGAAAAGAAAGAUGCAGCUGCUAGGAACUCUGAGAGUACAAAUUUGUCCCUUGGCAGCAGGAAAUCUGGAGAUGUCCUGGUCAAUCAUGAGGUUUCUCGACAAUUUCAAUCUGCAAUGUGUUCAAGUGAUCAGCCUGGCUCUCGUAUUAAUACUGAUGUGCGAACCUCUAAAGCCACAGGCGUUCAAACUGAUGAAAUUGGUGCUGUUCCCCAAGCACUCUCACAUGAUGAUCUGCGGACAUAUGAUGACCUCUCCAAGAAAUUACUAGCUAUCUGGGGCUCUCCAAAUGAGCAAGAAUUGGGAAGAAAUCUAAUUUGCAAUUUGCUUAUGGAUUGCCAAACAGAUUUCCAUUUUCUUUUUGGGUGCAUUGGUAUGAAAAUGCCGUCCAAAUUAACAAUGGACAAGCUGGGAGAUGAUAGCUCUUCUAUUGCAGCUUCAAAGUACUAUUCACAAAUGUCUCAUACUCAUACUCCAGAAGCUGAAAUGGUGUCUCAUCUUUAUUCUGUCUUGACCAAGGCUAAAAGUGGGAUGGUAAAGUUGGAGGAUUUAUUUCAACCAUUAGUCAACCUCUGUGGUCUUGAAAAUGUUAUCAUUGUUCAGGCGUCUCUACAUAUACUGCAUGUGUAUCUGAAGCACCUGAUUAGUCUGGAAAGGAAAUUCGAGGGAAGGGUCAAUGUCAUGAUUGAAGGACUUCACUGUAGAAACAAGAUUGUAAAUCCUCAUGGAUCUGAAGGUGCAAAUAAAGGAGCCUUGUUUUGUGUGAACAUGGAUCAGAUGUCUUAUGCAUGCUCACUUGGAAUGAAAUUUUCGUAUCCCGAAACUCAAAGCAAGAAUGGAAUUUGGAAUAAUGGCAUUGCAACUUUGUUUUCUCAUAUAGACUGGGUUUCUCUCUUUGAGGUGAUCCUACAAACUGCCAUGAAGAAUUCAAAACCAGGUGUAAGGCUAGAAGCAGUCUCUAUUAUGAAUAUGAUUAUAAUGAGAAGUAAUCCCUUUAUUGAGAGGGAAAAGUUUGGCCAGACACUGGUGUUUGAAAUUCUUUCACAUUUGCUUACAAAAGCAGCUGGUUUUGAGGUGCGAAUACAAGCCGUGCAACUUCUAUAUAUGCUACUGAAUUGUCCUAAAAUACUGGUCAAGUUCUGUUCAUAUUAUAAAGAUGGGAAGGGUGCUGGUGCUAUGGAUGGUGAUGUAGGAGAUGCUUCAGCUUACCAGAAGUAUAGUAUGAUCCUUCAAGGAUUGGCAGAUUGUAUAACUUGCUGUGGAAAUGGUUUACAGGAACUGAAACUUCGCAGAAAUUCUAUUCUUUUGCUGGCUUUCCUAUCCUCAUCUGAAAAAUCUGGCUUCGAAAUACUUGUGGCUUACAAGCUCUAUCAAGAUGCAAACUUUCUAAUGUUGAUUUUACAAGUUUUGAUAUCAGAGGUAGAUAUAGAAGUAGCAGUUAAUGCUGAUCAUGCACAGGUUUUCAAAGAGAGGCUUCUUUCUGCAUCUUGCAAGGAAUACAUGUCAUGUGUCUCUGUGGAGACCUUGCUGAUGCGGGAGGCUCUAAUACUACUUAACAGGCUGGUAUCAAACCCGACGUAUUCUGCUACUGUCUUGCGUUUAUUAACAAAGAGCAGAGACAUGGCCAGCUUGACCAUCGAUGUUGCAAACAGGUUGUCCAGGAAAGACCAGAUAUGUGACAAGUUUGAUGGCACUGCAAGGCAGAUGCGGGAGUCUGAAAUUGUAGACCUAGCUCGAGUGUUUAAGAAAAGGGUGUUCACAUAUUUAGGAGAUAACCUAUCAUAAAAGGUCUUGUGCCCGUUUGGUUAAUUUUUUUGUAUAUUUGUAUGUAUCAACAGUAGACAUGCAAACAGUUGUCAUCAGCUGUAGAGUGCAAAGUCUGGUGGUAGAGUUAGGUACGGUCAUUCUUUAGACGGUUAGACCCUCAGCUGGAAAUUUUUUGAUACACCAGCACUGGUUACUCAGUUGGAAAAUUUUGACAGGUAUCGGUGGAUAAUAGAUACGAUUCCAUAUUACCUUUGUAAUGAUCAAAUUCCUCCUUAAAGAAAAAGAAAUGUAGCUUCUACUGGUUAUUUUGGUACUA